AACUGUGGGCUUCCGGGAGCUACAGUCUGCUGUCAACAGCAACCUGCCGGCAAGAAGGGGUACCUAACCCAACCAGACCCAACUAAGUUUGUUGUUAUUUUCCUAUAUUUUAUUUUACAUUGUUUGGGGUUUACUUGUGUCGUCUUUUGGGUUCAGUGUCUAGGUUAUGUCUUCUUAGAUUGGCUCAUGAUGAGUCGACUUCUAAUAACCAUCGUCCUGCAAGGGUUUCUGCUACAGCUUCAAUUCGGAACCUCAUUUUCUGAGCUUUCAGCAUCCCUUUGUGGGCAUGCCUUUCGCAAUCGUUGCACAUGUGGGAAGACAAGAAUAUCAGAUGCUGAACCUGAAAGUUUUGUAGUCAACUGUACUAAUGCAGGUUUCACCAAUACCAGUGCCCUAGAACAUUUGCCGAUGGACACACAGCAUUUAAUUUUUGUGGGAAACAAUAUUUCUGUUCUACCUGGGAAUAUUUUUGGCGAUCAGGACCAUACUCCAAACCUGAAAGUUGUAGAUAUGUCCAAUAAUGCCAUCAAAGAAAUCCGUGGAAAGGCUUAUCAUCAUGUUUCCAGUGUUGAACAACUCUUUCUUGAUCAUAAUGAGUUGUCAUUAUCUCCAAUGAAAAGUGGUGUUGAGAAUCAUCGUCACCCUCGAAUGUUUUCUAACUUUGUUAAUUUAAGAUCAUUACACCUCACAAAUGCUUUUAGAGAUAAUUCACCCUCCAACUUAGUAAAUGACUUACAUGACAUUUUUGUUAAUAGCAAUCUGUCACUUCUGAUAAAGUUGCAUCUAGAGCAAAAUGAGUUGACAGGAUUCUCUGAUCAGAUGGUUUUCUGUGAUCUACCAUCCCUCAUGGACCUUCAUCUUGGAGAUAAUUUCUUACGUGGUCUCCAUUUCAAUAUUACUUGUCUCCAUCAUUUAAGGUUCUUAGACCUUCAAAGGAAUCGUAUCACUCGUCUAAGUAAAUCAGACUUGGCCAUGCUUGAUACAUUUCCAGCCAGAGGUCAAAGCCUUACAGUUGAUUUUAGCGGGAACCCAUUCUGUGAUUGUCAGGAUUUACUUGCUUGGCUGAAGACCACAAAAGUAAUUGUUCGGAGGAAAGAAUCUUUAAGCUGCACCCACUCCUCAGCUGCGCAAAGCAACAGUAAAGAUGAUGCGUACCAGCAUGUGUCAUGCACAACACUGCACACAUCAGUAACUUCCACUUCUAUUGAUAAUGCAGCACAAGGAUUCCAUAGUGGAACAGCAUUGUCUUUAGUGCUGGUAUCUUUAGCUAUCAUAGCAUUUGCAAUUCUCUUUAUUUAUCGGAAGAGAAUUAACUUCAAACCCCGUGGUCAAGGCUCCUUGUUGGACACUGUGUCGCGGAAAGUUCAGUACACAACAAUUGAGCACCAUGAAGAGGAAGUUGAUGUGUAAAUAUUAUGAAAUUCUGUGUGAACAUUUUUCUUUUUAUACACAUAGUUGUGUUCUGGUCACCUUGCUCACAUACCUAGGUAUUGUGCUUCAAAAUUGAUGAAAAGUGAUUGAAAUUUUCAGUAUGUGCAAAGUUACUUGUGCUGAUGAUAAGUUGGGUGAUCCAUUUAACUAUGUAAAACUAGAUUUGUUGAAGUUUUAUGAAUUUAUUGUCAGCCUUUUGAUAUCUUUUUAUUUUGAGAUUGCUAUAAUUCUAUCAUCACUUUGUCAUCAAUCGCCUUCAAACUAGUAAGUGUUACACACUUGGCCCUUGCUUGGCCCUUGCUUGGCCCUGUUCUCAUUAUUGCCUUGAAGGAUAUUGAGGUAAUGUCUUGUUUCAGUAUUAUACACAUUAAUAUGCCAUCCGUUCCUGGGUCCCUGUGAUCCUGCCUCUCACAGCUGUCUAUCAAUCUAUCUAUCUAAUUAUCUAAUACUACAAAGAAAAAAUAGUUCAGUGACAGUAACCUGUAUGCCAGAAUUCUUACACAUACAGUUUUUUUAAAAGUAUUGUGAAAUGUCUUUGACAGAGGCAUUUGCUCUAAAAUGAUUGACUGAUUUUGAUAAGGUAUGCUUAAUUUUAAUGUUAAUGUGAGGUCCAAAGUCAAACCUAUUUAUUGAAAUUAUUCUUAAAAUGGUAUGUACAUAAUUACUGGUAAACAAAUUUAGUGUGUUCUAAUAUUGUGUGUUUUUUGUGGAUGGGAAAACCAGCAGUAUGUCAUCUCAGUGAAGUUAUGCUGCUCUGAAAAAGAUGAAAUUUUCUCAUUUGUCCACUAAAAGUGUACUUUUUCUUUUAAUUUGUAUUUGACUGUGAUUAAUCGGUGCAGCUUGUAAAGUAAUUUUACUAAAUUGAUCUUUUUUUGUUUGUUAAGGAUAAAUUUGAGGGACCAUUAAUGUAUUCCUAGCACCAAACAAUUUUGUGCCAUUUUGUACUUAGUACUCAGUAUACUUUACUAUUUACGUCAAGUGAUGUAAGUCCAACGUUCUUAAUAUUUUUGGCUUGAAGCUUGAGUUGGAAUCAGAACAAAUGCAGAUCUUCUGGAAUGGAAAAUGUUUUUAGUCCUGACAGAUUCAGAUAUAUUUUUUCAAUAUUAAUAAUACUUUUUUUUAAAUAUUAUUACAACCUAAUGUAUCUGAAUAACAGAAAAUGUUAGAAUAGUCCAAUUCUAUAACAUUGUACUUUGGGUUGUAUCUUAUUUGGGGUAAAUAUAUAUUUUAUACUUUGUUUCAAAGACAAA